CGCGGAACACCAAGUCUGUUGUUUUCAGGGCAUAAUUUGAAAACUUGACGUGUCAUUCGUACGUAUAAAGAAUAAAUAUGGAAAAUAGAAUUGUGAAAAUCGAUCCGAGGCGUAUGACAGUGAUCCCGAAAGAGACUUCAGCUUCUGAUGGCAGUCGAGCAAACGGCCCACACGAUGCGGAGCAAAUAUCUAGACUGCGAGCGUCGCAGUCACCGAUCGCGAUCUCGCUGAGCCGAUGCCCCACGUGGUCCUCACUCGACCCCCUCCGAUUCAGAGGCUACUGGGACAGCGGCGAGAAGGCGAUAUUACUGAACAAUGGAUCUACUGCGUACUUUACUUUCACGGAUCAGUCCGUACGGCCAAUCCUGAGCGGCGGCCCACUGCUUGGCGAGUAUAUCUUUGAGCAGAUGCACUUCCACUGGUCAGUGGACGACUUCACUGGUUGUGAACACGUGCUGGAUGGACACGGAUAUGCAGCGGAAUGCCAUUUCGUCCACUAUAACAGCAAGUACGGUUCUCUAGAAGCGGCCGUGGGCCACCCGGACGGUCUCGCAGUAGUAGGAUUCUUAUUGGAGACGGUAGACGCUCCUAACCCCAGAUUUGACAGGCUGGUUGAAGGUUUGGAAGCUAUUAAGAAGAACGAGUCAGUCAAGAAUGUCACGUCAGAAGCGUUAUCCUGGAUGGACUCCGACGACCUUUCCGAGGGUAGCUACGUCACCUACAAGGGCUCUCUGACGACGCCGCCCUACACAGAAUGCGUUACGUGGAUCAUUUAUGAAAGACCUGUACAAGUCGGAGCUGAACAG